AAUGAAAUGGAAUCUGAGGAAUGCACAGCCGUGUUUAUAUGUGAAUAUAUGGAGAGCCACCUGCAUGUCAUGUCACAUGAUGGUUAGGCUACCACAAAAGGAUGAAUCUUCAUCAGAUAACAUCUUCAUCUCUCGCUUAGAGGAUACAAUCCGGAGUCUAAGAGUUUCCUUCACCUCGAGACGACUUUUUGUAGGUCUUUAUGAACAUGAGGCUAAUCAAUACGAGGACCUUGAAGCUCCAACAGUUCCACGGCAAGCCGCCACCUUAUGCCAUUUUGUCCCAUACUUGGGGCCAUGAGGAGGUGUCUUUUCAAGAUUUCCAAUCGCCGGAUCUACGAGAAAAGUUAGCCGGAUUCUCUAAAAUUAGAUCUACUUGCAAGAAAGCGUAUAGUCAUGGCUUGGAUUACGCUUGGGUUGAUACAUGCUGCAUCGACAAGACCAGCAGCGCAGAGCUUAGCGAAGCAAUCAAUUCCAUGUUUAAGUGGUACAGAAACUCGGCAAUCGCUUAUGCGUUCUUAGAAGAUUAUCCAUCUCCCAAAACUGAGAAACCUACUCUCAAUACAACAUCUGUUGGGUUUGGCCAUAGCCGGUGGUUUACUCGAGGUUGGACUUUGCAAGAGCUUAUUGCACCCCAGCGACUCGAAUUCUAUGAUAGGUCAUGGGAGAAUAUUGCGGAAAGGACAGCUAUUGCCAAAGAACUUGCAGUGAUCAAGGGGUUAAUGACUAUGUUCUCGAUGGCUCGGCCCCCCUGCAGCAGGUCAGCGUAGGAAGGCGUCUAGGUUGGGCUGCUAAUAGAGAAACAACUCGCGAGGAAGAUCUUGCAUACUGCCUAUUUGGACUCUUUGAUGUCAAUAUGCCCCUAAUCUACGGGGAAGGAGGGAAAGCUUUUCUUCGACUACAGGAGCAUAUUCUUCAACAGUCUGAUGAUCACACCAUCUUUGCCUGGCGAGCCGCAACUGCUUCGACAGAUCGAGAUAUGGCAUAUGGGCUGUUUGCGCAAUCUCCGAGAGAUUUUCAUAACUUU